UCGUCGCUCUUGCCUCGACGACCAAAAAGCAGCAGUUCGCCUCGACGCACAUUCCCCCGCCCACAACAUGUCUUUCGCCGGCAGACGCAGAGGAAACAAGGUCAAGAAGGGUGUCCAGUUCACCGUCAUGGUGGUCGGUGCCUCUGGUACUGGACGCACGACAUUCGUGAACACCCUGUGCGAGUCUGAGGUCCUGCCGCACAAGGUCUGCGACAGCCCGGAGACUGCGCAUGUUGAGGAGGGUAUCAGGAUCAAGCCCGUCAACGUCGAGCUGGAAGAGGAUGGUGUUCGCAUUGCCCUCACCAUCGUUGACACCCCUGGAUUCGGCGAUAACAUCGACAAUGAGUUCGCCUUUCAGGAGAUUGUGGGCCACCUGGAGCGCCAAUACGACGACAUUCUCGCUGAGGAGUCCCGUAUCAGGCGUAACCCGCGCUUUCGCGACAACAGGGUUCACGCCCUACUGUACUUCAUCCCUCCCACUGGGCACUCCCUGCGUGAGAUGGAUAUCGAGCUGAUGCGCCGGCUCUCUCCUCGUGUCAAUGUCAUUCCGGUCAUUGGCAAGGCCGACUCACUCACUCCCAGUGAGCUCCGCGGGUUUAAGAAGCGGAUCAUGGAGGACAUUGAGUACUACGAUAUCCCCGUUUACAACUUCCCGUAUGACGUUGAGGAGGAUGACGAGGACACCAUCCAAGACAACAGCGAACUUCGCGCCAUGAUGCCCUUCUCUAUCGUCGGAUCAGAGGAAGAGGUCGAGAUUGACGGCCAGCUCGUCCGCGCCAGGAUCUACCCUUGGGGUAUCGUCGAGGUCGACAACCCGAAGCACUCUGACUUCAGCCGUCUCCGGGGUGCUCUCCUCAACACCCAUUUGGCUGACCUCAAGGCGUUGACCCACGAUGUCCUGUACGAAACCUACCGUACCGAGAAGCUCUCGAGGACGGUUCAUUCGGAUACGCAGGAUUCAUCCAUCCUUCCCGAGGAAUUGGCCACACAGAGCGUGCGUCUCAAGGAGGAGCAGCUCCGUCGGGAGGAGGAGAAGGUCGGUUACGUUGCGAAACAAGAUACAGUUUCACAGCCUGAUGUCAUGUGUCCUCUAGCUUCGCGAGAUCGAGCUUCGGGUGCAGCGCGAGAUCAACGAGAAGAGGCAGGAACUGUUGGCGAAGGAGGAAUCGCUCAGAAACCUCGAGAGUCGACUGGCUGCCCAGGGUUCGCAAUCGGAGUUCCGCGAGUGAAGUCUUGCGCCAUCAUGAUGCCCGGGCGAAAAGCGGGACAGAGAGCCAGUAUACCCCUCUUGUCAAGACUGCCUAAGUUGUCUCGUCUAACCUCCUUCGCGCACGGUUUCUAUCUGGGGUUAGCAUUCGGAUAAUCUGUUGUGUUUCAAUGUUCGCUUCAGGCUUGCUUCUCUUCGUCGUCGGUCCUUCUAGCGCUUAUUCCCGACCCCAAGUACUCUCUCGCGUUGUCGGCCGUAAUACGUGAUUACUCGCUCGUUUGGAUAUUCGUAUGCUUAAUAACAUCACCUGCGGCCUGAAUGUGCCCUCAUGCGUGCUGUGAAGCCGUAUUGGAAGAUAGGGGCUGGAUGGCGUAUACUGGUGCGAGGAUCGGAAUUGCGGGGUGAUGAUGAUCGUGCGAGCAAUAAUAAAGCCACUUACUCCCGGGUGAUCGGCAGAUCCGGACAUGGCCAUUUGGUGUGAUCAUCUUCGUCCUGGUGGCGUCGCUGCGUAGUGUCUGAGUGAACAUCAUUCCGGGCACCGGGUGCUGUUCAUCAUCCCACGAAACCGUCCGGGCGUGCGGGCGUGCUGUCGAGACGUGUACGGCGGUGCGCUGGGGACCCCUGGCUCUGAGUGUUGU